AAUGAAAGGAGAUUAUAAUUUUUUUUCAGAUAAAAAGGAUGAUCCUUUAGAUGCUGUUUGUCCAAAACUUACAUAUCAAUAAAGAUUAUGGGGAUUUUUGAUUUGUAGUGGAAUAGGUAAUAUAAUAGAUUUAAUAAAAAUUAGGUUGGUUUUUAGAAUUUUGUGCUUUUAUAUCAUUUUUUUAAGGGAAUGGCAAAGAAUUUGCAAUAAUAUUUUCAAUAGGAAAUUUAGUUGCAAUAUUGAGGUAAGAAUAGGAAAUUGUAUAGUUUAGUACUUUAUUUUUAUCUGGUCCAAAAGAUUAAUGUAAGAAGAUGGCAGAUAAAAGUAGAUUAAUUUCUACAAUAAUAUUCUUUUCAACAUUGACUGUAACUCUUGUACUAGCAUUUGCAACUGAUUUAACAUUUCUAACACUACUUAUGACAUUAGUUUAAUUUUGUGCAUAUGUUUGGUAAUUAAUAAUAAUUAACAUUUAGGUAUGUUUUAAGUUUCAUUCCAUUUGGAUAGAAGAUAUUAAAGAAAUUCUUUUCGAGCUGUUGUGAAUUUGAAUGAA